CCACUCCUGCUGCUCCCCCGGUGCGGUGCCUCUGCCCGCCGUGGGGAGGGGGAGGCUCGCUCCGGCGCUCACUCGCACACGCCCGCUGCUGGGGGGGACCGGGGAGCUGCGCCCUGCGGGUGGCGCAUCGGUGCGCGGGGGUCCCCCCCUUCCCCAGCUCGCGGAGCGACCCCAGCCCGCCGGGGAGGAGGAGAGGGCCCGGGGCGGCCAGCAUGCGGUAGCCCCGGGCGGGAGGAAGGAAGGGGCUCCGGACAGGAGACGCCUGUCAUGUUGGCCGGGCUGCUCCUGGGGGCUGCCUGUGUGUCCCUGGUCCUCCCGGGCAGCCCGGGCAGAGCCUAUCCCGGCAGGAAGAAGGCGCCCAGCUUUCCCGCGGACAGGCACCGUGUGGGACCGCAUGUUUGCCUCUUGGGCUUCGGGAGUGGAUGCUGCCCCGGGUGGAUGCCAUCCCCAGCCAGCGGGCAGUGCACUCUGCCACUCUGCUCCUUCGGCUGUGGCAGUGGCUGGUGCAUCGCCCCCAACGUCUGCUCUUGCCGGGACGGAGAGCAGGGCAUCACCUGCCCAGAUCCGCCCAGUGCCUGUGGGGAGUAUGGCUGUGACCUCGCCUGUAACCAUGGUGGCUGCCAAGAAGUGGCCCGUGUCUGCCCGCUGGGUUUCUCCAUGGCGGAGACGGCCAACGGCGUGCGCUGUACAGACAUCGACGAGUGCCUGAGCGCCUCCUGUGAGGGACUGUGCGUCAACACCGAGGGAGGCUUUGUGUGUGAGUGUGGCCCAGGCAUGCGGCUCUCCGCCGACCGGCACAGCUGCCAGGAUACAGACGAGUGUCUGGCCACCCCGUGCCAGCACCGGUGCAAGAACAGCAUCGGCAGCUACCGGUGCUUCUGUCGCCCUGGCUACCACCUGCACAGCAACCAGCACUCCUGCCUGGAUGUCAAUGAGUGCCGACGGCCCAGUGAGAGGCGCCCCUGCCAGCAUGCCUGCCACAACACGCCAGGCAGCUUCCUGUGCACCUGCCACCCUGGCUACCGGCUCAGUGGGGACAGGGUGUCCUGCGAAGGUUUCCUGAAAACCAUCCUGGCCCCGUCUCCCAUCCUGCAGUCCCUGCAGCACCCCCCAACUCUGCUGCUGCUCCCUCCCGACUCUGGGGGACCCCUGCUGGCCCCCAGGGCUUCCCCUCCUUCCCAAGCCCCUGCCCCCAGCCCCCGGCCCCCUUCCUUGCUGACUGCCCCACCACACAUAUCCCCCUUGCUCCCGGCUGCCACUGCUGCCCCUGGUGCGUUCUCACCACUGCCACCAUCGCUGUUCCAAGGGGCGGUCCUGGUGCCCUCGCCUCGUCCUUCUGCUUCUCUGCCGCCCGCCCUCACCACCUCGCCUCCCCCUUGCUGGCACCAGGGGGCACCGCGGGAGCACAGCAGCCAUUGGAUGGAACCUGGGUGCCUGCAGUGUGCCUGUGAGGGGGGCCAAGUGGUGUGUAAGGCGGAGAGCUGCAGGAUUGCCUGUUCUCACCCGCUGCCCCCGAAGGACAGGGGGUGCUGCCCCAGCUGCACAGGCUGUUGGCACGAGGGGGUCGCCCGGGCCGAGGGGGAUGUGUUCUCUGUGGCUGACGGGAAUUGCACAGUCUGCAUGUGCCUGGCUGGCAACGUGUCCUGCAUCUCCCCUGAGUGCCCUCCGGGCCCCUGCCCCAGCCCUCCCCAGGCCGACUGCUGCUCCUGCCAGCCAGCCACGUGCGAUUUCCACGGACGCACAUACAUGCACGGAGCUGAGUUCGGCUUGGAUGGAGACAACUGCACCACCUGCAUCUGCCAGAGUGGUGAGCUGGAGUGCUCUGUUGCGCCCUGUCCCGAGCUGGCAUGUCCCCGCCAGGACUGGCUGCUGGCCCCGGGGCAGUGCUGCUUCUCUUGCCAGGAGCCUGCAUCAGUAUCAGGUUGCUUCGUGGAUAAUGGGGUAGAGUUUCCGAUCGGACAGAUCUGGUCUCCGGGUGAUCCCUGUGAGUUAUGCAUCUGCCAGGUGAAUGAGAACCUGCUCUACUUCACUCUCCUUACCUGUCCUCGCAGCGUGCAGCCCACCCCCUCUGCCCUCCGCCCUGUGCUAGACUUUCCUGGCUUGGCUGGCGGCCGAGCGCUGUGCCUUAUGGACAUUGAACCCUUCAGAAGGACUCCACAGCUCUCUGCUGGUGUGUGCUCACCUGCCACUGAAGUGCAGCCCCCCAUUGGGUGGACUGUAGCAGCACAUAGCAUCGAUGGGCCAAGGCUGGCUGUGCAGGGCACUCAGCCAGGCCGUGUGUGCCUUGAGUUUCUGUCAAGUGCUUCUCUCUUGCAGGCAGACGGCUCGGUAAGCUGCAAGAGGACAGACUGUUUGGAGACGUGUCCUCACCCCAUUGAAAUCCCUGGCCAGUGCUGCCCGGACUGCUCAGCAGGCUGCACCUACAUGGGAAGGAUCUUCUACAACAACGAAAUCUUCCCUUCUGCCCUAGACCCCUGCCUCAGCUGCAUCUGCCUGCUGGGCUCGGUGGCUUGCUCCCCUGUGGACUGUAUCAUUUUCUGUAUGUAUCCGUUCCACCCGGAGGGAGAAUGCUGCCCUGUCUGUUAUGAUUGUAACUACGAAGGCAGGAAGGUGGUGAAUGGACAGACGUUUGUACCAGAGGGUGAGCCCUGCAUUCACUGCACUUGCCAGUUGGGGGAGGUGAGCUGCGAGAGGAGGCCCUGUGCCCAGUCCUGCACUGAACCCUCAGCGCUCCCUGCCGCCUGCUGCCCUGCCUGCCAAGACGCCCCAGUCCCUUGGGAGAGCAGCCCUGGCCCUGUCCAUACGGAUGACGCAGAGGUUGGGAAAUCCCCAUCCCGCAAUCCCAGAGAAAACUCCAUGGCCCAGCCCAGGGCCAGUGACUGCCGCCUCUGCCCCAGUUCCUCGGCUCCUGCUUCUCCCAGCCCAGAGCUCCAGCUCCUCGCAGGAAGGAACACGCUCCACUGGGAUGCUGGGCCUGUGAACACGGCUGGGCCCACUCCAGCUGGGCCAAGAUCCUUUGGAUACCAUACGGCUCCCUCGGGUCCUUCUGUGCACCCCAUCGUUCUGAUGGAAACCUCUAGGCCGGGGACUGCAGCUCCAAGUCCCGAUCAGCCCCCUUCACUCACCCCUGUAGGGCCCAGAACUGCCCUCCUGACCCUCACCCCCUUGGUCGCUGCUCCUCAGAAGCAUUCUACGGUCCCAUCAGAGGGAGUGGAGCCACCCCCGCGUGAGGCGAGCACUCCUACCCGGCCAGCUGCAUAGUGCCCCUUGCCGAGGGAAUGGGGAGUUCCCAGCCCCUCACAGCAGCAUGAGGAGGAGGAGGAAGCCAGCAGGAGUGAUGAGCUUGAUCGAAUGGUGUAGGGGAGGGAAAGGAGGCAUCACGUUGUUCUGAGCGACAUGUAUGGGAAGAACCACUGCCUCUUCCUCUGCCAGUGCCCUGCCCGCUCCCUCCCUGGAUCCCACUGGACUACAGACGCCUCAGAAGGAGCAACGUGUGGGCGGCUCCACACCCUGCUGGUGUAGAGGAGGCAGCUUGGCCCUGGCCCAGCUGCCUGAGCAAUCUCAGGAGAUGAGGGGUGCCAUGAUGCUCUGGGAGGACAUGGUGCCUAGCUGAGAUACCAUGACUUAAGCUGCCAGCCUCCUUACAGCCAAAGUGCGGGAGGAGAUGGAGAAGGGCUGAGCAUGCCGCUGCUCCCUGCAUCAGGUGGGACGUGCCCACCUGGUCCCAAGGGAUGAUCCCUGUGCAGGGCUCCUGAGACAAGUGAAUCUCCCCACCUUCUGGGGUGGUCCCUGCCUCAGUCAAGCCCAGGGCCCCUGGCUCCAGCCCCAAGAUCUCCACCAUUUCUUGCAGACUCGUGUUUAAAUCUUAGAGCUGAGAUUUCAAAACUUCCUAAGGAAUAAGAACACCCAGUUCCCAACUGGGCAUCCGGAUCCCCUGGGCUGCUUUGCAAUUCCCACCCUAGAUUCCUUAGGGCUGCUGGAAGGUUUUCCCAAGCUACCCCUGAUGGACAGGUAUCUGAUCGGCCAUCAGGGCCAGCCUCCCAUUUCUAUUGUGAAUAGUAAUAAAGUUUUCCCUACUAAUCCAAGCGUUCCCUGCUGCCACCUACAGCUGGCUCUGGCCAUGGGGACGAGUGCUAACUGGGUGGGCUCAGCAACCCCAGGGCUGAUACCCUUAAUGGUGGGGUGAUGGCCUGGAGGUGGCAGCUUCUUCCUCUCCUACCACCAUCUCCUUAGCCAGUCCUGGAUUUGGCUCUUCGUGCAGUGGCUGAUCUCAGUAGGGAAGGGGUUGCAGGUGUCUGAUGUGAAGGGGAUGUAGAGCAGGGAGCCUAUUGCUGGCUUGGUCUCCCCAAGCAACUUCACUCAGCUCCUGACUAGGAUGGGGGAGAGGAUGGAUCCUUGCGGGACCCCGUCGCUGGGAGCAGGUGUCUUCUAUGUGGUCUGGGAGGAACAGUCUCAGCCCUAGACAGGGUUUUUCCCCAGUGCAUGGGAAGCUCACAUAGACUUUGCUCAUUCCUCUGUGAUGGGUGAAGGAUUCCAGAUCCCAGGCCUGUCAAGCCAGCGCCCCAGACUAAAGUCGUUUCACUGAGUGUGUAAUGCCAGCUGUCACCACUGGGUGUCAACACAGUCUGAAAUAUUUCCUCGGGGACGACCAUCAGACAGAAUCCAACCUGACCAUUGGCCCCUGGCUUCCUGUAGCAGCUGCUGAUGUUCUGAGUGGAACAGGCAAGUCCCCUCUUCUUUGCCUAUGUAGAUGGGCAACUGGGGCUGCGGCUGCCUCCCUCAGGCACCUGUGUCUUCCCUCUGCCUGCACAAAUGUAGGAUUUGGGCUCACACAUCUGAACUUUGGCCCCAAAGGGCUAAUCAGCUGCACACGGAGAUCCGAACCCUGACUGGACUUGCCAUAUCUCAGUAUCCUCUUCUAGGCCCUAUCUCCAGCCUAGUUCCAACUCCAAUCCUAGCAGGACCCCAGGUCACAGGAUGGAGUAAUUUAUUAUUUGUUUAUUUGUAUUGUGUGGUAUCUAGGAGCCCCAGUCACAGGCCAAGCCCCCAUUGGGCUAGGAGCUGUACAAACACAGAACAGAAAGGCAGACCCUGUCCCCCAUGAGCUGAUAAGCUAUAAACCAAGAGACUCACCGACUGGGAAACACAAGGAGACAAUACAGCUCAGCAUGAUAGGCUGUGCUGUCAGCAUCGCAGCAGCCUGGCUAUGGCCAAAUUCUUUGUAGGGUUAUGAAGCAGAGUUGGGAUUGGGGUUAGGAUUAGAGUCCAUCGGGGCUAUUCUAUGGUUAACAUUGGAAUCCGUUGGGGCCAGUGCUAGGGUUAGGGUUUGCUAUAAGGUUAUAGUUGGGCUAGGAUUUAGAUUUACCACCGUACCCAACCUUGACAUCUUACCCUGCACUGUACUAGCUUCAUUCCAGUGCACAGCAUUGCCAGCAUCCCUUUCCCAGCCACUCCCCUCAAUAUUUACCCUUGGUGAAUAUCAGCCCCCAGCUGGUGGUGUGUGAAAAAAUUCCAAUAACAUCCCAAAGGCAAGGCCUUAAUGCAAACAUUGUGAAUGUUUAAUUACACCCCAAGUGAGUGAAAAAUCCCAGCUAGUGUGAACAUUUGCUUUUUGAGUCUCAAAAAUAAGACUCUGAGAGAGCAAAAUUGGUCACAUUUUCACUUUUUUUUUUACAAAGUAUUUUUGGAGCAAAAAUGCAACGUUUUGAAAAUGAAAACCAUUUAAGGUCAGAAUUUCAGUGUUUCUUUCAGGCAGAAAUCAACUUUGGACAAGAAGCGGGAAGUUUUAGAAUGUGAGUGUCCCUGAUGUGAAAGUGGCCAGGUGUUGGACUCAACACGGAGAUAUUUGUGUGUCUGUGAAAAGUGGGGGUUUUUUGCGCCAUGCACAAGGAGCCUGUGGAACUCAUUGGCACAAUAAAUCUUUGAGUCCAA